UGAUUUUGACCUGUUUUCUAUCCAAGCUGCUGACAAUGUCAUGUACUGUGUCCACAGUCUCUGACCAGCUCUUCUACUCUUUCUGCAGUCUCUGACCAGCUCCUUUGUCAUGUCUGCAGUCUCCAGCCAUCUCCUCUAGUAUGCCUGCAGUCUCUGUCCAUCUCCUGCAUCAUGUCUGCAGUCCCUGUCUAUCUCCUGUACUGUGUCCGCAGUCUCUGACCAUCUCCUGUACUGUGUCCGCAGUCUCUGGUCACCUCCUGUACUAUGUCCGCAGUCUCUGGGUCAUCUCCUGUACUAUGUCUGCAUUC